ACAAAACAUAACACGCACCAUUAUAUCCAAAUACAAGGCACCACCAGCUAGCUAGGAGCUUAGAGCAUAUUAACUGGAUAUGGCUUCACAUACUUUCCUCUACCUCCAUGCAUUCGUCACUUUCGCUCUUCUAACCACAGCCUUCCCUUCAAAGCUAUCCCCUUACUACUACUACAGUGUGUGCCCCGAAGCCUUGCCCACCAUCAAACGCGUGGUGCAGGAUGCUGUGAACCAAGAGAAACGCAUGGGUGCUUCCCUGCUACGUCUUCACUUCCACGACUGCUUUGUCAACGGUUGCGACGGUUCAAAUCUUCUUGACUCUUCCCCCACCAUUGACAGCGAAAAGAACGCGCGCCCAAAUGCUAACUCCGCCAGAGGAUUUGAGGUCAUCGACAGAAUUAAGGCGGAGGUGGACAAAGCCUGCGGCUGCCCCGUAGUGUCCUGCGCAGACAUCUUGGCUGUUGCAGCUCGCGACUCAGUGGUGGCGCUUGGGGGACCAACAUGGAAAGUGCGACUAGGAAGGAGAGACUCCACCACGGCCAGCAGAACAGCAGCCAACAACGACAUUCCCUCCCCAUUCAUGGACCUCCCCGCCCUCAUCAACAACUUCCGUAAGCAAGGCCUCGACAAGCGAGACCUCGUCGCCCUCUCCGGCGGCCACACCAUCGGCUUCGCCCAGUGCCAGUUCUUCAGGAACCGCACUUACAACGAGUCCAACAUCAACAAGGACUUCGCCCGCGCCCGCCAGUCCACCUGUCCUCGCAGCGGCGGCGACACCAACCUCGCCCCUCUGGACCCCACCCCCGCCACCUUCGACACUGCCUACUUCUCCAACUUGGUGGGCCAAAAGGGUCUCCUCCACUCCGACCAAGCCAUCUUUAGCGGCGGUGCAACCGACGAGCUGGUGAAAACUUACAGCAAAAAUGGUUGGGCCUUCUCGGCGGAUUUUGCAAGGUCCAUGGUUAAGAUGGGAAACAUAAAGCCUUUGACGGGGAAACAGGGUCAGAUUCGGUCGAAUUGCAGGAAGGUGAAUUAAGUGAUUGCUGUUUUUUAUUGGAAGCUGUAAUAACAUUCGCGAUGAGAAACUGGGUUUUUUCUUUUCAUUUCUUUUUUUAUUUUUAGUUUCGGAAAAUUCUUUGUAAUUUGUAAUGUUCAAUUGCUUUCAAUGUGGUUUAAUUUAUUUGUUCAAGUGAAUGAAAUAAAUGUAAAUGUCAAUUGAUACUAUUGGUUUGUUCCUUCAUAAUAUAUUAUUGGUUGUCAUACU